GCGACGGGCACACUAUAAAUUUAACCUAGUUUUUUUUUCUUAAUUAGUGUGAAAAGUUUUAGGACGUUUAGAUAAAUUGUAAAUUAAGUGAACCGACCAGAUUGCGCCAACGUAACGCAAUCCCCCCAAGAUGCGACCAGUAUUUGCCUUUCUGCUUCUGGCACUCCUAUGCUUCGCCAGCACCAAAUCAGAAAGUGAUUUCGAGGAAGACGACAGUGAUGAUUUUGCCGAAUUCGACGACGGCAACUUCUACGCGGAGCCAGCAGCCAAGAACGCUGAUUCUUUCUCCGGCGCAGCAGGAUCUAGCCAUGGAGAGUCCCGGGAAGAUCCGUCUGCCAAGGAUCAGCGAAAACCAGCACAAAAUGAGGAGAGCGACGAGGAGGACGGGCUAGUCGAGGAUGACGAUGAAUUCGAACACUUCCAGGACGAGGAAGAGUUUGAGGGCUACGAUGGCGGAGACUCCAAAGAUCCACCCAUUGAUCAAAAAGUUGAGCCUAAACUGAACAUACCCAACAUUCCGCUGCACUUCCGCACUCAUUGGGACUCCUACUGGAUGGAGAUGCUUAUGGUGGCCGGGUUGUUGGCCUACUUUGCCAACUUCUUUGCCGGCAAAGCUAAAAACGCUAGACUAGCGCAACUUUGGUUUAGUACCCACAGGGCCCUGCUGGAUGAGAACUUCGCCUUGGUCGGCGAUGAUGGUAAGGCUGAAAACGAGAAUCCAGGCCUGAUUAAGGAAAGCGAGAGUCUCUAUACGUUGUGGUGCUCCGGUCGUACCUGCUGCGAGGGCAUGCUCGUCGAACUGAAGAUGAUCAAGCGGCAGGAUCUCGUCUCCUUGGUGGCGGGAUUGAUGCGCCCACAGCUAGAUCAGGCCCACAUCAAAAUCGAACUCACACGCGGUGUUAUGGAUGCAUUUGUAUUUGCUGUUGGAACUAAAAAGACCAUAACCAAGGUCUUCAAGGAGUAUACGGAUCUGAGCAAGUUCUGUAGUCUAGUCGGCAAGCCGGAGGAUCGCUACAAUGUGCCCACCGGCUUUGGCGUGCUCUCCGAGGUUCCGGAGGCCACGUCCGCUAUCCUCGAGUCACGUGUUAUCACUGCACUAAAUAAGUACCAAAGCUAUAUCGAUUACCUGCAUAUCUCGGACCAGUUCAGUGGGCCCAUCCAGCAGGAGGAAGGGGGCACUCUUAAGCAGCCCGAGACCAAGGCCGUGCUCCUCGCUGGCUUCAAUUUGCCGAAGCACGCCGAAAUGGAGACUAUUAAGCCAUUGUUAUUGUUGAUAUUUUACUUGAUGGAGCGUCUGAAGACUUAUCGCAUGUCCAAGGAGGGCAAAGCCAAGUCGGACAAGAACCGCCAGCGCGUCGAGGAGGAGUUUUUGAAGAGCACUCAUGCCGCACGCGCUGAAGCUGCCGCUCAACGUCGCGAGGACAAGCGAAAGCAGGAGAAGGAACGCAUCCUGGCCGACGAGGAUCCCGAAAAACAGCGUCGCUGGGAGGCCAAAGAACAGAAACGCCAGGCCAAGAGGAACGCGCCCAAGAUGAAGAGACUGGCCGUGAAGUCCCUGUAGAUAUGUCUUUAGUGUGCCAUUAGCCGCAAGGAGCGCUUCCUUAACGUAAAAAAAUUGACCACUAGUAGUUGUUCCUCUCAAAUGCCAGAAUAAAGCAAUAUCUAUUUGUUUCCUAUGGAGCGCCAAAACAAAAA